CAUGCGCUAGCGCAACCCUGCACUGGCACACGCAGUUUUGUCCAAUACUGGCUUUCCAUGAGAAUAUUGUAGAGUCCAGGCGAAAGAGCGCCUUACUCGUUAGGUCGGAUUUAACGCGGUGGAAACUUUACAAUUUCAUUCAGUGUUUGGCAGCGCGGGAAAGUAUCUGCAGCUGGUCGUCUGCUCUAUUACUGCAAGUAUUCACCACAGGAUUAAUGAGGAUGAAGUGAACUGAUAUAUAACCUUAAUGAAAAGAGUGUUUGAACAUCGAAAGACGAUGCAAAACUCUUAAAAAGGAAAAUUAAUGCAGAACUAAUACCCCGUUAUGUUCAAAUUUAGUCGAACCUAGCGUAAUUGAAACAUGACACGCCGCAAAAGAGACAGGAUCCGCCGAUGGAUUUACGUUUUUGAUGCUGUAGUACCUGGGAUUUUCUUUUAUGCAGCUUUAACAAGUGCCUUAAGUGACAGCAGUUUCCCAGAACCCAUUUUUAACAACGAUCCUAGCAAUGUCACAUUCAAUGUUGGGGAAACCGCGACGCUACCAUGUCACGUGACUCAUUUGCACGCCAGAUAUUUGUACUGGAUGCGGAUGUCGGAACCUAACCCUAUAACGGUCGGCAAGUUCUUGUACAGCCCUGAUACACGAUUCUUCAUCAGUAAGGACCACACCUCCACCCACUGGGAUCUCAAAAUCAGGGAAGUCAAGUUAGAGGACGCCGGUGUUUAUUUCUGUGCCGUUAGUUCGGGAGAAAGCAGAGAGAAGUACAGGAGACUAAUCAAACUAAAUGUCCAAGAAGUCACGACAAUACCACCAGCCUUAACCAUGAAUGGAUCCGAAUUCGUAAAUAAAGGCGACCCCUUGAUAUUAGAGUGCCAAGCUACAGGCUUCAAUCCUCGUACGGAUUACUUGGAAUGGUUUAAAGACGGGAAAGUCAUAAACCACAGCUAUAUUUGGAAACACCAACGUCUACGAGGACGUGCCAUAAACAUUACAGAUUUUCAUAUCAUAGAAACACGGACGCUCAGACGUGUUCUAUACAUACCCAAGUCUACACGGGAGGACAAGGGAAUUUACAUGUGCCGGAUCGGCGGGGUAUAUAUUGUAAAGAAGAUCGUACAUGUUCUGGAUGUGGGAUCGUCCAGUAUUGAUAAGAGAGGGGAUCAUGACGCUGAACUGAUUCAAGAGACGUCUAACACUGGAAAUACCAUCGCCGACCACAGGGCUGUUCGAGUAAUGACCCUCCAAACGGCCGUGGCUGCCAUUGUUAUAUUUGGCCGUCUGCAAGUGACAUGAGGAAAAUGAUCUGUCUUUGCAGAAAUUUAGCCAAAGGCUGAGGAUAUCAUGGGAUUCUCUUUCGGUCUAUUAAGGAAAGUCCAUUUGCUAGAGCGAUGGACCAAUGCUGCAACGACGUGUUUUCCAGACAUAAUAUCCCGUGGAUAUAGCGUCAUAUGACAAAGUUUGAUUGUGACGUACUGCAUUUCGUAGUAUUUCUAGUUCAUCGUCUUCUAACAGAGGAGGCUGAUCUUGGAAUGAAUGAAGAUGAACUUAGAUUAAGAGAGGAAAAUUUGAUGUAUCAAGGUCAAAUUAUUGCGAGAUUUGACUGAAAAUGGACUCGCAAUUGAAAUUAGUCCACAACGUCUUUCAAAUUCAAUGUCAAGGUUUCAUUUGUAUAAAACAUGUCAUUUGCUCUGUAUUCAUCAUUAUAAUUUAUAUAAAAUUUGUAGAUUGACAACAGAUAUAUUUCUGUGACCCUGUUCAUUUUCCUUUGAUUCAGUUUACAUUUUCUUUGUUUUAGCUUAUCGACUGCUCUAGUUGAAUACUCAUUCAUCAUGAGAUAUUCCUGAAGAAGUUACUGCCAUUUGUUUUUAUUAUCGUCUAAUUGUUUAUUGAUCAUUGGGUCCUUGUGAUAUUUUUAGGAAAUGAUACUUACCAUUAAAUUUCCUAUAAUGUU